GCCGAAGUCGCCGUAUGUAUUUUCCUUCUUUUUUUGCUUCACUUUCACCGCUUACGGAUCGCCCACCCGAUGGCUGCGAAUCGGAUAGAAGGAAAAGCACCUUGGAUUGUGCGUUUGCUCCUGAUGGUAGUAGACGUUGUUGACAGCGUUUGACCGUCCUCGCUCCUUUGUUUCGCGUUUGUUGCCGCCUUGCAACCAACACCGUCCCCACCUGGGCAUCCGAUGCAUCGCUUUCGGCGGUGACGACUCGACCAUGUCCUCUCGGCCGAACCUCCGUCCGGGCCAUGAACACGCCCCCGCACACCCGAGCGCCCUCCGGCAGGCCUACGCGGCGUCGUCUGCGAGUUCGGCCGAAGACCAGACCGACGCAGCGUCCCCAGGCACCUCCCCCGUUCACCGCCAUGUCGCAGGCCCCAGCCGACAGCGUCCGGCCGAGACUACGCCUUUGUUGGUAGAAGUCCUCGAUCUCCGCGAGCACGCGCACGAAGGGCCCUGCGCCCACGGCACCUUCUCGCCGCGCCCGACGAGCCCCUCGAGCAUCCUGACCGACCCUCUCAGCCCUACCGAGUCAGAAGCCGAAGCGAGCAUUGAUGGGAUUCUGUCGGGACGCCCGCACCGAAGGCAGGGGAGCUGGAAGAGGCAGUUGGCGUCCAAGAUGAGGAGCAAGAAGAUGAGCACGUCGCGGGAACUCGCCGAGCGUCACGGAAUAAAAGACUCGGCCCUGAUGUACAUGUCGUACUAUCUCCCCGUCCUGGUAUGGGCUCGAGAGUACAGCUGGUCGUAUUUCAAGGGCGAUUUCGUCGCCGCGCUGACCGUGGCCGGCAUGUACGUCCCCAUGGCCCUCUCCCUUGCCGAUAACCUGGCCCACGUGCCGCCGAUCAACGGCCUCUACUCGUUCGUCUUCAACCCCCUCAUGUACGCCCUGCUCGGCAGCUCCCCGUCCAUGAUCGUGGGCCCCGAGGCCGCCGGGUCCCUCCUCGUCGGCACGGUCGUCAAGGCGAGCGUCGACCGCGGCCACGGCGGCGAGGAGGACGCCACACUGCAGGCCAGGCUCUGCGGCAUUGUCUCCGGCAUGGCUGGUGCCAUGGUGCUCAUCGCCGGCGUCGCGCGUCUGGGAUUCCUGGACAGCGUGCUCUCACGCCCGUUCCUCCGCGGCUUCAUCAGCGCGAUCGGCGUGGUGGUGGCCGUCGACCAGCUGAUUCCCGAGCUCGGGCUGAACCGGCUGGCCGACCACGCGCACGUCAACCACGCCAGCAGCGUCGACAAGCUCGCGUUCGUCUGCAGAAACCUGGACAAGGUCCACACGCUGACGUUCGCCGUGGCCGCCACGAGCUUCGUGAUCAUCAUGGUCUGUCGCGAGAUCAAGCGCCGGCUGCAGCCGCGAUACCCCGGCGUAGCCUACAUCCCGGACCGCUUCAUCGUCGUGGUGCUGUCGGCCUUCCUGGCCUACUGGUACCAGUGGGACAAGGCGGGCGUUGCCGUGCUGGGCAAGGUCGAGGCGGCCAGCGGGCACCUCUUCACCUUCCGCUGGCCGCUGCAGCCGUCCAACAUGGCAUACAUGCGCGAGGCCAUGGGCACCUCUUUCCUGAUCGCCCUGCUCGGUUUCUUCGAGUCGACCGUGGCAGCCAAGAGUCUCGGUGGCCAGGGCUUUGCUGGCAUCCAGCUCAGCCCGAACCGCGAGCUCGUCGCGCUUGGGACGGCCAACAUGGUCGGCUCCUGCUUCAUGAGCCUGCCCGCUUUUGGAGGCUAUGGGAGGAGCAAGGUCAACAAGUCCACGGGUGGCCGCACGCCCAUGAGCUCCAUCAUCCUCAGCGGCUUGACAUUGCUGUGCAUUCUCGUUCUCCUGCCGUACCUCUAUUAUCUUCCGAAACCGGUUCUGUCGUCCCUCAUCAGCGUUGUGGCAUGGUCGCUGAUCGAGGAAUGCCCGCACGACGUCCUGUUCUUCCUCAAGAUCCGCGCCUGGCAAGAGCUCGCGCUCAUGACCAUCAUCGUGCUCGCGACCAUCUUCUUCUCGCUGUCGUUCGGCAUGGCCAUCGGCGUCGGGCUGUCCCUUCUGCAGGUCAUUCGCCACGCCACGCGGCCGCGCAUCCAGAUCCUGGGCCGCGUGCCCGGCACCAACCGGUUCGAGAACGCCGAGGCAGACCCGGACCGGCUCGAGUUCAUCGAGGGCUGCCUGAUCGUCAAGAUCCCGGAGCCGCUGACGUUUGCCAACACGGGCGAGCUCAAGAGCCGGCUGCGGCGGCUGGAGCUGUACGGCACCAGCAUGGCGCACCCGGCCCUGCCGCGGCUCCGGCGCGAGGACGGCGACCGCAACAUCAUCUUCGACAUCCACGGCGUGACGUCGCUCGAUGGCAGCGGCGUGCAGGUGCUCGAGGAGAUUGUGCGCGACUACCGGCAGCGCGGCGUGCGCAUCUUCUUCAGCCGCGGGCCCGGGCGCGAUUCCGACGUGGGGCGCAUGCUGCGGCGCAGCGGUAUUGUGGAGCUCGCCGGCGGGAAGCACCACUUUGUGGAUGAUGUGCACGAGGCGCUGAACUUGGCUGACGCUGAGGACGGGGGCGAGCCGGUGGUUUCGGGGCGCAGAAACUGUCGUCGGUACUCGACGCGUCGACUCUGGGGUGCAAACUUGCAUAGCAUCAGCUUGAUUCUGCGGAUUUCAAUCUCCAAGCGACAACCACUCAAUCAUCCACCAUUCACUGAGUACCUACCGAGUCUCCAAAGACUUGAAAUCAUGUCGACGCCGGCUCCCACCCGCCGCGACCGCAUCCUCGGCGCCCUCCUGGGCGUCCAUGCAGGUGACUCGCUCGGCGCGACCGUGGAGUUUGAGCCCUGGGAAGCCAUCCAGACGCUGUACCCGGACGGCGUGCGCGACAUGGUCGGCGGGGGCCAUUUCGGCUGGGAGCCCGGCCAGGCGACCGACGACACCGACCUCACCCGCGCCGUGUUGCUCGCCUAUCGGGACGUCAAAAAGAAAUCUCAUUCUCAUUCUCAAUCCCAGCAGUCACCAGGUGCAGAUGCAGAUGCAGAUGCAGACGAGGUCAUCCGCCUCGCCGCGGGCUACAUGGUCGACUGGUACGACGGCAGCAACUGGCCCCGCCGAACCAAGGGCCAACGACCCCGCGACAUCGGCGGCGCGACGGCCACGGGCCUGGCGCGGUUCAAGCGCACGGCAGAUCCGCGUACCUCGGGAGCCGGUGAGGGCCGCGCGGGGAAUGGCAGCUUGAUGCGCUGCAUCCCUACGGCGCUGUUCCAGCCGGAUGCGGGGAGGAUGCUGGCCGAGUCGGUCGGCAUCUCGGCCGUCACGCACAACGACUUGCAUUGUACCCUUGCCUGUGCGGCGUAUAAUGCUAUGGUGGCUGCGCUGGUGGCGGGGAGGGCCGUGGAGGAGGCGGUUGGGGAGGGGAAGCGGGUUCUGGAGCGGGCGAAGGGUUUCGUUAUGGGGAUGGAGAAGGGAGCGAAGAAGGGUAAGGUUGAGCAGGCCGCGCAGAAGGUAGAGGUGGCUAUCGACGCGGGCAAGGAGAAGGUGCGGGUGCGGGAGCUGGCGGAGAAUGGCCCGGGGGCGGCGAAUGUGAGGGAGGUGCUGCCGUUCAAGGGAUCGGGCUACGUGCUGGAGUCGCUGACGCUUGCGGUUGCUGCCGUGGUGGAUCCGCGGCCGUUGGAGGAGGUGCUUGUCGACGUGGUGCGCUUCGGGCAGGAUGCGGACACGAACGGCGCUAUUGCGGGCGGGCUGCUCGGGGCCAGAGACGGCGUCGACGCGAUACCCCUGCGGUGGAGGGAGGCGCUGCAGUUUGGGGAUGAGUUCGCUGUGCUUGUUGACUAUUUGCUUGAGGAGGGUGGAAAUUGAGGGAGCUAAGCUUCUAUCGUCUGAGAGGGACCUCAGAGAGGGAGGAUGCUAGUGGAGGCAGCCAGACACGGCACAGGGAAGGGAGAAAAUCAUUUCAACACUGCUACGUUGAUGCUGUUUCCGAGAAGAGAAUAUCAUCAUCAAUGAUGGCCACCGUUUCGCCGUCUCCGAGAAGGAGAGUGUUGUCGAACUGGAAACAACGUCCUGCUACAACUAGGAAUAGGGGCGUCUAAGGAGGUAGUACGCAUCAUAACCGCUGGACGACCUAUAAUAAGGACUGCCACCUCAUCCGCUUCCCUUUCUUUCACGGGCUUCGUUCAACGACAACAGCCCCUUGUCUUUACCCUAGAGUAAUUCUGUGUGAAUCUAGCUCCCUCCUUCUUGGUGCCUCCAGCGUCGCCGCC